GGUUGCCUUCAGUAAGCUCGGAGCUUUCGCUCGGUCCAGGCUAUCCCUCCGAGUCUUCUCUCUCUCUUCCUCUCUUUUUCACCAAAAGUAUCACCAAUACAACAUAUCCCCUCAAAUUCUCCCCUCUUUCCUCAAAAUCAAAUUCACCGUAAGGAGAAAGAGAGAGAGAGAGAGAGAGAGAGAGAGAGAGAAAGAGAGAGAGAGAGAGAGAGAGAGAGUACCUAUCUCUCGACAUGUCGAAGAAUUCGUUGACAGUAUGCGUUAUCGUAUUCGCGCCUCCAGAUCGUCGAGGAGAGAGGAUCGAUCCUCGUUCUUUCCUCCUCCGACCUUGAGGUUAGAGUUACGAGAGAGAGAAAGAAAAAAAAAAGAGAAAGAGAAACAGACAGAAAGACAGACAGAGAGACAGACAGAGAGACAGAGAGAGAGAGAGAGAGAGAGAGAAAGAGAGAGAGAGAGAGAGAGAAAGAGAAAGAGAGAUUAAGAAUAGAUGAACUUCAAAGAAGAAAACCUGGCGAACGUGUCAUCGAAUGUGAAUUAAUAGUGUUGUUGUGUUUCAAUGAUUUCUUUCCUUUUUUUUUCUCUUUGUUUCAUUUCUUUUUUUUUUUUUUUUUUUUUUUUUUAUCUAAUCGUGAUUUAGAAUGUCUUCGGAUUGAAAUGAUAAAUGUGUGAGAUCCUCGAUGAACGAUCGAGAUAUUGCAACGAUAUAGAAAUAACGCGGGAAAUUAUAAUUGAGAAACAAUAUAGUGACAAUCUAUUACGACGAUUAUUAGAAUAAUAUUUUGAAUUGUUUAAUUAUAUUCAAUAGAAUCUAACGUGUUUUAUUAAAAUGAGAUAAUACGAAAGUUAGAGAUUUUUUUUUACAUCGUUCAAGCCAAGAGUUAAAAGUAAGAAAAUGAUCGAUGAUGACGAUGAAAGAGGAAUAUUCUCUACGGUACGAGCAAAAUCGAGAGGAUAUAUGGACCAAGACACGUGUUGGAAGAAUGCGAUGCAGGCGUGCGAAAAACUUGUCAUUAAAAUCGACGAAAUGUUUUAUCGCACAAAUUUAUCACUAUUUGAUCUCUCCUAAAUAAUAAUAUUAAUAAUAAUAAUAAUAAUAAUAAUAAUAAUAAUAAUAAUAAUAAUAAUAAUAAUAUUAAUAAUAAUAAUAAUAUUAAUAAUAAUAAUAAUAAUAAUAAUAAUAAUAAUAAUAAUAAUAAUAAUAGUAACGAUGAUAUGUGUUAAGAACAAUUAAUAACUUCGAGGAAUGUGAUUGCAGAUGUGAUUUUACUGGUUAAAUUGAAAAUAAAGUCGAUUAAAGUAGAGUUCCUAAAGCAAUAGUAAAUGAACUUCGAUGUAAAAGCGUGUACUGUUUGUUUUACUGUGCGUGUACGUGUGUCCGUGUUUAUCACUGUGUAAUUUUACACGAGUCGAUUUAAUCGAAGAUCCUUCGAAACGAACACGAACGAUGCGGUGUAACUGUAACGAGGUGGUUGCAGGCUUGAAAAUCAAGAAAUAUAUGAUAACAAAGAGUCGACCAAAAUAUUGGAUCGAUAUCUCCCUGAAAACGUUGAACUUUCCGUCGUUAAUAUAAUCGUGAAAAUUUUGUUAAAAUAUAAAAGGAAAUCUCUAAUGAAAGACGGAUCAACGAGGUACAGGUGAGAUGGAGACUGAAGACGAAAUGGAAGAGGAAUUGUCGGAAGCAACGGGAAUGGAGGUAAAUCAUAACAACAAUCUUGGGAACUUUGAAACUAUGAGGAUCUCUUCGAGAACAUCGGAAAGGGGUGAUGAAAAUAACGAUCAUUUGGAAAUAAAUCUUCAAGUGAAUACGAAGAACGAUAAAGAGGAAUCAAAAUUAUCUUUAAGUACAAGUAUGAAGACUGAUAUAAAGGAGUGCGAGAGGAGGCCCUGUAGGACCAAAAGGAUCUCUUGUCAGCAGGACACAAUACACGAAUACGACGAGGACGAUGGCCUGACAAUGGACAGAGUUGGAAGAUACAUGGAGGCUCAUCCAAACGUAGUUGAGAGUUGGCUAUACGAAAAGGCAAGUUUGGAAUUACGACAACGAUUGCAAACGCCAAGAUUGGAACGUACAAAGUCAAUAACUUCAACUUCUUGUCAAGACCAGGAAGGUAUUUUGAAUCGACCGAAACGUAACAGCGUCACUUCCGAUCUCUUUCAAACGUGGCUAUCGACGAGUUCACCGGCUAAACGUAGCAGAAGUCCAAGCAGGGCUUCUAUAUCGUUAAUGGGUCGCCGAGAGGAACUCAAUAGACUGGACGAAAACGACCUAUUUAUGGAACUCAUAAGGGACGUAGCGAACGAGCUGGAUAUCAACGUACUUUGUCACAAAAUUUUGGUCAACGUUGGAAUACUUACUUAUGCUGAUCGAGGAAGUCUCUUUCUUGCAAAAGGUCCACUCGAGGAUAGAUACUUGGUUGCUAAACUUUUUGACGUUACUCAGGAUACAGAACUUGAGGAAGCUGUUCAACGUGCAAAAAAUGAAGAGAUAAAGAUACCUUUCGGCGUGGGUAUCGCCGGUUACGUAGCUGAAACGAAGAAGAUAAUCAACAUAAAGGAUGCUUAUAAGGAUCCACGAUUCAAUAGUGCCAUCGACAUGCGUACAGGUUACAAGACAACGCUUAUCCUAUCGAUGCCUAUUUGUAAUUACGAGGGUGACGUUAUUGGAGUCGCACAGAUCAUCAACAAGACCAAUGGAAGCAACGAGUUUACUGAAAGAGACGUGGAAGUAUUUCAAAGAUAUUUAACCUUCUGUGGAAUUGGGAUUCAAAAUGCACAACUAUUUGAGUUAUCCGUGCAGGAAUAUAGGAGGAACCAAAUUUUACUAAAUCUCGCGAGGAAUAUAUUCGAAGAGCAAAACAAUCUCGAAUGUUUGGUAACGAAGAUUAUGACGGAAGCAAAAGAGUUGCUGAAGUGCGAAAGAUGUGCGGUUUAUUUGCUCGAUCUGGAUUGCGGCGAGGCGGGUCAUCUCGAAAAGAUCGUCGAGCGACCCAGUAAAUCGAUUCAAGAAAACAGAAAACCAUUGUCCAGGAGAGAGCAGCACAGUUCGAUCGAAAGCAGUAAGUUCACUAUGAUCUUCGAAAUGGAUAACGAAACACAAGAGGCACGGGUGUAUCGACCAAGUACCAAUGAUCUUUCCAGUCCAUUGGGUCAAAUCGCAAGAUACGUUGCAGCUACUGGACAAAUUCUCAACAUAGGAGAUGUUACAAGUUGGUUGAAGAAAGAUGUUGUGGAAACUGAAAAGGAAUCAACAAGAAGUAUCCUCUGUAUGCCGAUUGCUAAUGGUCAAAGAACUGUGAUAGGUGUUGCCCAAUUGAUUAAUAAGGACAAUGGUACAUCCUUCACCGAUUCUGAUGUCUCCAUUUUCGAAGCAUUUGCCAUAUUUUGUGGUCUUGGUAUACACAACACACAAAUGUACGAAUCAGCUUGCAAACUAAUGGCAAAGCAAAAGGUCGCUUUGGAAUGUCUUAGUUAUCAUGCGACGGCCAACAAUGAUGAUGCUUUGAAGUUAACCUCUGACUCUAUUCCAUCUGCUGAAAAGUUCAAUCUUUACAGUUUCACCUUUACGGAUUUUGAUUUAACAGACGACGACACGUGCAGAGCAACCAUAAGAAUGUUCAAACAGUGCAAUCUUAUUCAUAAAUUUCACAUCCCUUAUGAUAUCCUUUGCAGAUGGAUUUUAAGCGUGAAGAAAAAUUACAGGCCAGUGAAAUAUCACAACUGGCGACACGCAUUAAACGUAGCACAAACUAUGUUCGCAAUGCUGAAAACAGGUAAAAUGGAACAAUUCAUGACCGACCUUGAGAUUCUCGGACUACUGGUAGCCUGUCUCUGUCAUGAUCUUGAUCAUCGUGGUACGAACAAUGCAUUCCAAACAAAAACGGAAUCACCACUUGCCAUUUUGUACUCUACAAGUACUAUGGAACAUCAUCAUUUCGAUCAAUGUGUCAUGAUAUUGAACUCGGAUAGCAAUAAUAUCUUUCAAAAUCUUUCUAUGGAAGAUUAUAGGAGAGUUAUGAAGGUGGUCGAAAGUGCUAUACUUUCGACGGAUCUAGCGAUGUAUUUUAAGAAAAAGAAUAGUUUCAUGGAGCUGAUCGACGAUGGUGAAUUUGAUUGGCAAAGCGAGGAAAAGAAAGAAUUGUUAUGCGGUAUGAUGAUGACAGCAUGUGAUGUUAGCGCGAUAGCAAAACCUUGGGAAGUUCAACAUAGAGUAGCAAAAUUGGUGGCCGAUGAAUUUUUCGAUCAGGGUGAUUUGGAACGAUUGCAAUUGAAUCAACAACCGGUAGCGAUGAUGGAUAGAGAGAGAAGAGACGAAUUGCCGCAGAUGCAAGUUGGUUUUAUCGACGAGAUAUGUAUGCCGUUGUACAAAGUUAUGGCGGAAACGUUUCCAUGGAUUAUGCCACUUUACGAAGGUACCAAGGAGAAUAGAAGACAUUGGCAGGAUUUAGCGGAAAAAGUUGAAAUGGGAUUGACUUGGAUAGAUCGCGAUACCAUCGAAGAACCAGUCGAAGAGUUUGUUUCUUACGAGCCAAGGGACAUUGAGUUCACUGUAACGACCUUGAACUGUACCCAUCCCGAUAGAAAGGAUCAAGUUCAAGAAAAAUCAGCAUUAGCUAGAUUCACCUCGUUUAGGAAAGGAGGUCGUACAUUGAGCAAAGGUGUCAGACAACGUCUAAGUAAAUCGCUUUACGUAAAGACUAAUUCUGAGGACACUAGUAAAACAAAAGUAUUGAUUUCUGAAAGGAAAAGUCGUAAUAAACUUUGUCUUCUCAUUUGACGGCUCACGACUACUACUCUCGAGAGUAUACCAGAAUGAUGUUUGUCCUUCCUAAAAAAAAGAAAAAAAAAAAAAAAAGAAAAAAAAAAUAAAAGAAAAAAAGAAAAAGAAAAAAAAGGGGAAAAAAAAGAAAAGCAAACAAAACAGAAGAAGAAAAAAAAUCCAACGUCGUUCGUUCUUACGUCGAACGAUCGAUGGAUCAUCGCAAACCGGUACGAUGUGAUUUCGUUCUAACAAUUCCAACGAGACGGACUACUUUUACUCCGUGAGUUUAAAAUAUCAGAAUCAAAAUAGAAUAGAAUCGGGAACGAUCGGAAAUUCGAUUUGGACAGUCGAACGAUAUCUAUUAAACACCGUCGUCGUAUCCUACCCAUAACUACCCCAUCCCUCUUCUUAGCCCGCCCAAUAUCAUUGAUUUUUUGUGCUGAAAUGUGUGAAACUUUCUAUAAAAUGAUUAAUAUAAGAAAAACUGCUGGACUUGUAUUUCUCUUUUUCAAAAUGGAUACGUCAUACAGAAAGAGAAGAGAGAGAGAGAGAGAGAGAGAGAGA